AUGCACACGCCAGGAUCUUCGGUGUCCGGCUACACGCUGUUGUUGGUCGUGCAAGUGGUGUUCAUUAUUGUGUUCGGUUUCUGCACUGACUAUGCCAAAGAGUUGCUACCGGUGAAGAAUGAAACGGCUAAGGCCACCAUCGAAGUCCCGGAGGCAAGCAACCUUCGCAAAUAUCCACAUUUUCAGGAUAUCCAUGUGAUGAUCUUUGCUGGCUUUGCGUUCCUUAUGACCUUCCUCAAGCGAUACGGAUUUAGCGCCUCCGGACUCAACCUGCUGGUGGCAUCCCUCGUCAUACAGUGGGCCAUCAUAAUGCGUGGCUGUUACGAGAUGGAGGAAGGCAUCAUUCCGAUUUCGCUACAGAAUCUCAUCGGAGCGGAUAUUGCUGCCGCAGCGGUGCUCAUCAGCAUGGGCGCCCUUCUCGGUCGCACGACUCCGAUACAGCUACUGAUCAUGGGUAUCAUCGAGAUCGCGAUCUUCGCCGGCAACGAGUACCUGCAGCUUGAGCUGGUAAAGGCAACCGACGUCGGUGGAUCGAUCACGGUGCACGCUUUCGGUGCUUACUUUGGUCUAGCUGUUAGCUUCAUGCUACGGCCGAAAAAAGAGCUCGCCAAGGCGGGCCCUCUGGAGGGUUCAUCGUACAACUCCGACAUCAGCGCCAUGAUCGGAACGAUCUUCCUGUGGAUCUUCUGGCCCAGUUUCAACUCGGCACUGGUGGAUGGAGCUGAUCAGGAGCGGGCCAUCAUCAACACGUACCUAUCGCUGGCCGGAGCCACCGUGGCCACCUUCGUCCUAUCAGCGCUGGUGUCGCACGAACACAAGCUGGAUAUGGUGCAUGUACAGAACUCCACGCUCGCCGGUGGCGUGGCCGUGGGCUCGAUUUGUAACUUGCUCAUCCAUCCGUUCGGUGCGCUAACUGUAGGUGUUAUCGCCGGAGUUAUAUCCGUCCUUGGAUACCGCUAUCUGACGCCUGCAAUCUUGUCCAAUCUGCGCAUUGCGGAUACCUGCGGGGUGCAUAAUCUCCACGGCAUGCCCGCAGUGCUGUCGGCUAUCUUCUCCUCGAUCUAUGCAACAUUCGCCAGCCACGACACCUACGGCACCUCGCUGGCCACGAUUUUCCCCGCCAUGCAGAACCCCCGCCCCGCGAACUCGACGGAAAUGGGCGAACCACUGGAAUACGUCAUCGGGGGUUACGGACGCUCCGGCGCGAAACAGGGUGCCUUCCAGCUGAUGGCCAUCGGGUUGACGAUGGCGAUUGCAAUCGUCGGCGGUCUCCUGACGGGAUUGAUACUCAAAUCACCCUCAGUUCGUCAGUUGGAAGAACAUGAGCUGCACAAAGACGAUGCCUUCUGGGAGACGCCCUCGGAGGAAUCGACCACCACGACUACGACCAACGACUCCAACGAAACCGCUCAUCAGUAAAUGUUGUCUCAUAUUGCAAUUACAGUAUUAUCGAAUGCGGUGCUUAAUCUAAUGUAUUUGUUGAAUCAAAAAUAUAUAACAAACAGCACUCAAAUAGACAAUAAAGACUUGAUUUG